AUGUCCUCUUUUUUGGACAAAUUGAUCAAGGAGAACUCCAAGAAAAAAGAAGCAGCUUUCCAUACCCCGAUUGCUCGAUUAACUCCUAAGAGACCAGCAAAGAAUGUCACUUUCCGAAAGGCUCCAUGCGAAACUAUGGUUACAGAACACGGAGAAACCAUAAAAGAAGAAAUUGCCACAGAUGAACUCCACCUUAACCAGAGUGGAUUCGAUUCAGAAGAAGACUUAUUUGGCACUCAACUGUUCGAUAAUAAUCAGCAAAUCGAGAAAUCAAUGAAACCGAAAGCUAUAUGUCCUUUUGAGAUUGGCGAGAAACUGAUGCAUUUUCCAAUGGAGCAACUUCCGACUUACCGUAGACAAUUAUAUAAUUCCAUGUUCCCCCGUCUUUCAUUCAACUAUGAUACAGUCAACUAUAUCGCCAAUAACGGGGAUUUCAGUGAUUGCAAAACAUUGGCUUUGGGAAUGAAAGGACUGAUGGAAAUGAUGGAAUUACAACAUCAAAAGUUCACUCCCAAAAAGCCUUCAGAGUCUACAGCCGAAAUCCUCGCUACUCUCGACCCGUCUUCGUUCUUGACUCAAGAACAUGUGGAAGUGGAGUCUCUCAAUGGCACAGAAUUUAUUUCAUCGAACCGAGCAUUUGCUUCGGUUACCGCCCAAUCCGGCACUCUGCGUUCUGUCGUACAAUGUCUUGCCAACGCAUGGAUUUCAGAGAUCAUGUCGUUGGAGGACAGAGUAUUGUAUUCAACGAGUGAAAAGCCAAAGCCUCCCCAACUUUCACUGCCCACUCGUUUCUUGAACCUUCCUAUCCCACUUAUUGUCAAUUGCGUUAAUUUGAACUGCACUAAGGACAGCACCGUUCAGUUAAACAUUUCCUUGUUCUUCAAACUUCAUAUCACCAAUCUCUUUAAUCAAGCACGAAGUGACGCUAAAACCGGCAGAAGAAAGCGCAAACAUAUUUCUUCUGGGACACCUGAAGAAUGA